AGAAAUGAAAGAAACAAACAAAUCCAUUCUGGUUCCGUGAGCCACCCAUUCAUUCUUUAUACCCACGCGACCGACGGUCAGUCAACUUCCGGUUCUUCUCUUCCCCCGCCCACCGCACUCUUCAUCAUUUCCUUCUCCAUUUUAGCUAGUGAUCUGGUUGCUCAAACAACUUAUUUUCAUUGUUGUAUUUAAAAAGCUCACGGAUUGGAGAGAUGAGCCGUAGGAGAGGUGUGAGAUGGGAUGAGGCUAACCUCGAAGAAAUUGAAGCAAAUAAACCUGUAAGGCAGAAAAUUACAGAACCAAAGACUCCAUAUCAUCCAAUGACCGAUAUUGAUGGAUCAUUAUCUCCUGUACGAAAUUCUAGUUUCCAGGAAGGGAACAAUAGUACUGAGCAUGCUGAAGCAAUUCGUUCUGCAUUGAAUGAUAUGGCCUCUUCCAGUAGCAACAGUAACUCACAUAGCUCUGGAUGGACAACAUCGGAGGAUGAAGCAGAUGAUAUGGAUCAAGACAAAGAUGUUACUGGGAAGCGUAAAAGCUUUACGGAGAAAAGACGGGCACACUAUGAUGAAUUCCAUAAAGUGAAAGAACUCAAACAGAAGGGACCCUUAAUCAAAGAAUCCGAUGAAGUUGAGGAAGCAAUUGAAAAGCAGUCAUCAAUAGUUGCCGGUGUGGGAGAUAUAGAUAUCACAGAUUCUGCACCAGGUGCAGCUCAACAAUCAUCUAAUUGUUCGUAGGAACUACUGCUGAACUUACCAGUGGACUCCGUUUCUGUCUUGAAUCAACUUUUUUGAGCGCAAAACUUGUAAAUGAGCAUUUCAUUGGUUGUAGGGUGAAAGCCCAGAUCGUUGGGCUGAUGGUAUUACCAUAUUAACUCAGUAUAAAUUGUUUUUUUAGACGAUAUAGAUGUGAAUGACAUUGCUAAAUGCUAAUGGGAUUACUA